UUUUUUAGAGAGAGAAAAGGGAGCGGCUUUCGGUUUGGAUAUUUUUGUCAGCGAGCUGCACCAACAAAACAUUAGGGUUUUUUUCUCUCUCAGAUCUUUUUCCUUCUUCUUCCAACCUCCGUCGUCGUCACGUCCGCAGCUACUGCUACAGGCUUUUGCUUCCGGUUUUAUCGUCUGCGUUGAUUGGAUUUUGUUGGAAUUGUAAUUGAAUUAGGGAUUCAAUUGUGGAGAAUUUUGAAGUGGGUUCAAAGAUUGUAUAUUUUUUUGGAGGCUAUUUUGGAGUGAUAAUUUUGUCCCAGUUGUAUCGACUAUGCGGACUUCAUGGGCAGAUUUGGCUGCAAAUUCUGCAGCUGAGAAUGUAGGUUCUGGCUCUUCUGGCAAUGCUGGUUCAGGGAAUGCUGCUGCUCCUGCUCCUAAUCGGUCCACCUAUGUCCCCCCACAUCUCCGUAACCGUCCACCUUCCUCGGACCCACCUGCUCCAGCAUAUACUGCGCCGGUUACCAAUGAUAGAGGUGGCCCAGGUGGGUUCAGUGCACCUCGUUGGGGUGGUCCCAGAAACGACAACAGUCGAACUGGCCAUGGUGGCAAUGCUGGUCGCGGUGGAGGAUGGGGAAGCAGAAGUGGUGGUUGGGAUGGGAGAACACGAGAAGUGAACCCCUUUAGAGAUGAUGAUGAAACAGAGCAGCCGUUUAGUGAGCAAGAGAACAGUGGUAUUAACUUUGAUGCAUAUGAAGAUAUUCCGGUUGAGACAAGUGGCGACAAUGUUCCCACUCCUGUGAAUACCUUUGCAGAUAUUGACUUGGGGGACGCACUGAAUAAAAAUAUUCAGAGGUGCAAAUAUGUGAAACCCACACCUGUGCAGCGUCAUGCCAUUCCUAUCUCCCUUGCAGGCCGAGACUUGAUGGCAUGUGCCCAAACUGGUUCUGGAAAGACUGCUGCUUUCUGUUUCCCAAUCAUCAGUGGAAUUAUGAAGGGACAACCUGCACAGAGGCCACCCCGUGGUGCACAUACAGUUUAUCCGCUUGCUCUCAUUCUUUCUCCUACUAGGGAGCUUUCAAUUCAAAUUCAUGAGGAAGCCCGGAAAUUUUCAUAUCAAACAGGUGUUAGGGUGGUUGUUGCGUAUGGAGGAGCACCAAUUAACCAACAGCUGCGGGAACUUGAAAGAGGUGUUGAUAUUCUUGUGGCAACUCCUGGAAGAUUGGUGGAUUUGCUGGAGAGAGCCAGGGUUUCAUUGCAGAUGAUUAGAUAUUUAGCCCUAGAUGAGGCUGAUCGAAUGCUGGAUAUGGGUUUUGAACCACAAAUAAGGAAAAUUGUGGAGCAAAUGGACAUGCCUCCUCCAGGUAUGCGACAGACUAUGCUGUUCAGUGCCACUUUUCCGAAGGAAAUACAGAGACUGGCCUCUGAUUUUCUUGCAAAGUACAUCUUUCUGGCAGUUGGAAGGGUGGGUUCUAGUACUGAUUUGAUUGUCCAAAGAGUGGAAUUUGUGCAUGAAUCUGAUAAAAGAAGUCACCUCAUGGACCUUAUUCAUGCACAGAGGGCCAAUGGCGCACAGGGCAAGCAAGCUUUGACAUUAGUUUUUGUUGAGACAAAGAAGGGAGCUGAUUCGCUGGAACAUUGGCUGUGUAUGAAUGGUUUUCCUGCAACUACUAUUCAUGGUGACAGAUCACAGCAGGAAAGAGAACAAGCAUUGAGGUCAUUUAAGAGUGGGAACACUCCAAUCUUGGUGGCUACUGAUGUGGCUGCGCGUGGGCUAGACAUUCCUCAUGUUGCACAUGUUGUCAACUUUGAUCUUCCAAAUGACAUUGAUGAUUAUGUUCACCGCAUUGGUCGUACUGGACGAGCUGGGAAGUCUGGCUUGGCUACUGCCUUCUUUAAUGAGAACAAUUCAUCACUUGCCAGGUCUUUGGCAGAAUUGAUGCAAGAAUCAAAUCAAGAAGUACCUGCUUGGCUGUCUCGGUACGCAGCUCGAGCUUCUUUUGGUGGUGGGAGGAACCGUCGUUCUGGGGGAGGCCGGUUUGGUGGCCGUGACUUCCGAAGGGAUUCAUCUUUCAGCAGGGGUGGCAAUGAUUACUAUGGUGGAGGCGGUGGGGGUAGCAGCGGUGGAUAUGGGGGUGCAUCUGGAGGAUAUGGUGCUGGGGUGGCCAGUGCGUGGGACUAACCGCUAACUCCUCAAAGCAGUUACAGUGUCUUAGGUAAUGGAUGCAGACUUCUUUAUAAGGUCAUAUUUUUGUUUAUGUAAUGUUUGGUUUGAACGACCAAUGUUUUACAUUGUCGGAGACGCUCAUCAAUGUUUUGAGGGGAGGGCGUACUUAUGUUCGGUAUUGGUGCCACAGGAAUAGAAGGUUUGUGUAAUGUUCGUAGGUGUCGAUUUAAAAGGUGCUAACAGAGUAGGGAUCACCGUCAUUUUAGUCAUUCUGUACCCUUAUUACGUACUCUGGCGUGUGAGUUGGGAUGGGUUGUAGAAUAUGUAGUGGGAGAGGGGAGAGGGUUUCUUUUCGGCCACAUCUUUGUUUAUCUCAUAGGCAUGUUCGUUUCAACCCAGUUUGUCGGGUUUAUAGUGUUUGAGGGUUCUUCAGUUCCUGCCAAUUCUUUCCUCCUUUCAAGGAGUUGAACACGAGGAGUUAUAGGGCUUUUGUAAUAUUUUGGUUCUGACUGAAAUAAAUACAAAGCUCUCGUUGAAAACCAGAUUUCUCCGAUUUGAACGGGAACUUUCGGUACCAAUUGGACCGGAGUAAUCUUAGUUGCCAGUCGUUGUUGAACGCGAAACGUUUGUUAUUUUUAUGCAAGCUAUGUGAAUUCAGAAGGGCCAAGUAUUUUCAGAUCGGUUUUCUUUUA